AUGACCAAGCACGAGGCAUCGUCUAAUGGUCUACCUCCCAUCGCAAGAACUCUUGAUUCCAUACAAAAAUGGAAAGACGGUAGUUAUUAUCAAGGCUCAAUAGAAGAGAGAGCAAUCAUCCUAAAAAUGACGCCACAUAGCCCAUCGGCAGACCUGGAGAAGAGGCAAGAGGUGAAUAAUGCCGCAAGCUCAGCUACCAUCAGCAACCCAUACGCUUUCCCUACUGAUCAGAACUCUAACACCUUCUCUCAAACAAACAGUGUCGUACUAAGCGCUGCUGUUCCCUCAGCUACCCAGAUUGUUGCGGUUCAGGAUCACUCAGCAACAGCCGCUGCUGCAACUGGUGUCAAUAAUCCUAUAACAAAUCUCGAAGCCGAUGAUAUCACAGGUGCAGGAACCAUAUACACAAUCGAUGUCAUAGUGGAAGGUGUAACCAUGCCAGUCCACAUAGAUACCGGAUCGUCGCAAUUUUGGGUAGCUCAUGAUAGCUGCGCCGCCUGCAAACAAGGUGGAAUGCAGACUAUCAAUACUGCACUGCCUGAUGACUGUUCCACGAAUAACUACACCGUCAAUUAUGCAAUCGGUCAGGUUACGGGGUGCUUUGUCAGUACCUCACUGACUCUAGGGGAAGACACCCUUCAUAACUAUUCCAUCCUCGCGGUGACUUCUGUAAGUGGGGAUACUGCAUCGCAAGGUGUCUAUCUAAGCGGAUUGAUAGGCCUCGCCAGCGCUGGUCAAACUCCGAAUGGCUCCCCUACCGUAGUAUCGGCCCUAUAUCAGCAGGGCUUAAUCCAAGCCCCUGUUGUUGGUUUCUAUUUGCCACGAUCUGGCGAUAAUUUGGAGAGCGAGAUUACUUUCGGCGAUCCCACUACUAGCGAACAUGCAGAUCCUUCCCAUUUUGUCAACCUGACCAGGCAGGGCAACGAGAACGGUCUCUACAUCGUUCAAAUGGACUCGCUCAACAUCAAUGGGAAUGCUGUUACCAACAGUCUCAACCAAAAAGUCUACUUAGAUACAGGAGCAUCGGCAAUCGCAGUACCUUUUAGUACUCUCAGCGAAGUAUGGAAUUCUACAUAUGGAUACUUCAUCGAUGUUAAAGAUCAAGCUCAACUUGGCAACGCCACUGUACCAUGUCCGAACGAGCACGGUAAAAACCACGCUCAGGGUCUUUCAGUCAUGUUUGGAGGAAUCAGCUUCGACGUUCCAUAUGAAGAUCUAGUUGCCGAGGAUGAGGCAGGGCAGUGUUGGCCAUUGAUCACAACAUUAGCGUCUAUCGACAAUAUGUGGCUUUUAGGAGAUGCUUUCUUACAUAACGUGUAUCACUCGGUCGAUGUUGAGACAGGCCAGGUCACAAUAUUUGGCCUCUCCCAAGGUGGCUCAAGUUGA